AUGACAGUCUAUCACUUAGCGCUUUUCAAAGCAAAAGAGAGUACGACCGCGGACGACGGCACCACACUGGUCCACGCGGCAAAAGGAAUGUUGGGUCAAAUCCCUGGCCUCGUCGCCGUUGAAGUCGGGCCCGCACUUGAACUCACCAAGGCUUCCACGCCUCCGUACGUUCAUGGCUACGACUGGGGUGUCGUCCUCACAUUGGCGGACCGGGAAGCUUUGCAAGCCUACAUGACGCAUCCGGCUCAUGAUGAGUAA